GCGCAUCUGUGGUGGAUCUCGAGGUUUUAGCAAUCGAGCUGGAGUAAUUUCGAAUUAUAUUGGGAAAAGAGGGUUGAUGAGUCACAUUCCCCGCAACCCGAAUCGUCCGACUCCUCUAUCAAUUCAGACGUUGAAGCAAUAUGCCGAAUCGCAGAAUAAUAUGCCAGUCCGUCUCUCUCUUGCGCGCUUUAUUUCCUCCGAACUUCCUCUUCGUUUUGCUGCUACUACGUCUGUACUGAGUUCUCUGCCCUGUCAGUUGAGCGAGAUGCCAGCAACGAAUGACUUGAUAUCGCUUUACAAUCGCUGCCAGGCGGAAAUCCAGAACAUGGAGAUUCCAAAAACAAUCAUGGAAGAUACCGAGUUUACUGCGCGUCUCGCCCGUGUUCAGCGAGAUUUGCAGCAUGUCUAUCCUCUGAUGGCCUGUGGCGUGUGCCAAUUCAAGCAAAUGCGCGAGAAGACGCAAAAUCCGAUCACGGAUUUCGAGAACGAGAUGAUCAACGUGUCUCUGGACGACUUUGUUGGGUUCCACAUCUCCAUCAUCAUGCUUCUCGGCCAGUACGCCAAGAGUCUUGCUCGCCCAGGCGGCCGCAUCGAGCCGUUGGAUUACAGCACCAUCAAAAACGCCAUCGACCGCAGCACCAAACUGACCGACAAAUUCUACGGAAAGGCGCCCUCUGUGAACGUGUUCUUCGCAAAUAAACUACGUCCUUUCGACUACAUUCCUUCCCACAUGCAUCACAUGAUCUUCGAACUCAUGAAGAACUCAAUGCGUGCCACCAUGGAGAACAUGAAGCGUCUCGGCGAAUCCGAACCGGAGCCCAUCAACGUGAUCAUUUCCCACGGCGAUAACGAUAUCUCCAUCAAAAUAUCGGACAUGGGAGGCGGAAUUCCGCGGUCGGAAAUGUCGAAGGUGUGGAAUUACACGUACACGACAGCGUCUGCGCCGUCGUGGGUGAACCGCUAUUUCCAUUACUACGAGAAGACGGAACACGACUUAUACUUGAAUAGCCACAUAAAGAAGGAUUAUGCGUUCAUGGGAGAUGGGAAAGAGGAUAAAUACUACACGCAUUCGGCCACGCAGGCGAUCAAAAACAACAAAAUCGACUCGGAAUCCGGACAUAUUGAUAACUUGUUGUCAUACUCGCCUGUGAUGAGGGAUCACUACGCGGGGCUGGGAUAUGGACUCCCCGUGUCGAGGAUUUAUUCCAGGUAUUUUGGAGGGGAUAUGAAGUUGUUCUCGAUGGAGGGGUACGGAACGGACGUCUAUCUGUAUCUGAGCAGUCUGAGCGAUGAGUUGGAACAGUUCUCGACGGUGGUGUAA